UAUAUAAAUUCAAAAGAAAACACAAGAAAAAAAGCGGGAAACGAAGCUAGGGUUUCUAAUAUCAUUGAAAUGGAAAUGGAGAACACUAGGGCGGGGAUCGCUGGCACGAUCGAUCUCCGCCCAGGAGACGCCGCCGCCGCCGCCACCGUUGAUCUCACUGGGAAUGUCCAUCUCCUCCCUUGCUCCAUCAAGCGCGAUGGCCCCUGCCCCGUCUCCGACUACUUCAAACCCAAACCCUCAGGUCUCGUGGUUGACGGAUUGAACGUGGAAGAGGCCUUCUUCAGAGGGAGGAAGAUGCAAGGAGCCACCGUUGAAUUACCUGAAGGGUUUCAAGGGUUUGUGUUGGGGAAGAAAAAAGUGGAAGGAAGGAAGAGAUCUGAGGCCAUGAGAGGGGAUUCGAGCUGUUGGGAAUCUAGGGCAGAGUUUGGGAAUUUUACGUACUGGAAUCAUGAUACUGUGCCUUCCAAAGAGGAUCCAAUUCUCAGAUGCUUCCAUUGGUUUUCUAUUGCAAAUGCUUUGCAUAAGCCUGUGACCGCAGAAGAAUUGGCGACAUCAUCGAUCAUUGUUGACCAGAAAACAGAACCAGCUCAGCGAAAGUAAAAAAUCUUGAAUGAAGUUGCCAAUUGGUGCACAAUGUCGAUGGUGAUGAGGAUGUUGAGGAAUCGAAUUCUCCAAUAAUGUCCAGAUGAUAUUGGCAUGGUAGUGCUUAAGGUGGAUGAAUCACAGAUAGACGCCAUUCCUUUUAUGAAGAUGCCUCGAAUUGUCAUCUCAUCAAUCGUCUAGAUCUAUCUCUUAACCUUUAUUCUUACACUUCAAUCUUGUUACAUCGACUUUCUGAUACCAAACUUUGCUCUGCCACUUUCAUUAUGACCGCAAAUCAAAACUUACAUGUUUAUAUUUUCCUCUGCUUUUAUUCAGAACAAAUUCUAGCAUAUCACCAAAAUCUAACAGCUUGAUGCUUGCACUAUUCUAUUUUCUGUGUGACAUUGUAUGAUGCCAUUUGUACUUUUCUCCAUUCUUAGAGUAGUGUUUCCAUUAAGUUAAGGAUUCACUUGAUUGUUAAUAUGCCAAAUAAAAAUCUCCUUUUUGCCCCUAC